CAUCGACAGAGCCACGAACCGACCUCAUCGAACGAACCUCAGUGCCACGACCGGCCCCCAUAGUCGCUCGACCGGAAGGAUGGCCUACAACGAACGCCGCGGACCAAAUGUGUCCGAGUAUGUCGCGAACCUGAACGCGAUCCCGACGCCACAGGAGCUGCAGAGCUCCAACGCCGACAACUUCAACCUCGACGAUGAGUUGGCCAUGUUCACCAACACGCAAUUCUUCGAUUUCGACGCUGGACAAGAUACAGAUCUACAACUGGGCGGUUUUGGAGUCGAUGGACAGGGGAGGAACCCAGUGCAGGACAAUCUGGAUAUCAAGCCGUUGGACUUUUCACAAGGUGCGUGUGGGCAUUGUUUAGAGCUACGGUCCCGUUGUUAUCCAUGACCCCCCAUCCUUCUCUAUUGUCGUCAUUGUCAUGGCCGUUGUCGUUGUCGCUGUGCUUGGGGCGUGGUGGUGGUCUGGCUAUGGCAAAUGUCAAUCAUCCCGCGCAGGAGAUCUCGACAUGGCCAACCCCGCUGCAAAGUUUGGCGACGUGCAGACGCAGCGCAGAGCGCACGGCUUUCGCCUCGAGAAGACGCUCUCCAAGUGGUUCAGCGCUGCUGCACGUGCCCUGCGCUUUCCCCCUUUGCAGCGCAUCCUCGCUUGCCUCCCACGCCCG